CCGGGCGCCCUAGCGAGCGCGGGCCCGGCGCCGGGCCCGGGCAGACGGCGGGGGGCGUCUCCACGGAGACUCUCUCUGAGGCCCCUGAGCGGCGAGAGCGAAGGCGAGGCUAAGUGGGGCCGAAAUCAUGAACCGGAGUUUUCAUAAGUCUCAGACCCUACGCUUCUACGACUGCAGCGCAGUGGAAGUCAAGAGCAAGUUUGGGGCCGAGUUCCGAAGGUUCUCCUUGGACCGCCACAAGCCUGGGAAGUUUGAAGAUUUCUACCAGCUGGUGGUGCACACCCACCACAUCUCCAACACCGAAGUGACCAUUGGCUAUGCUGAUGUACACGGGGACCUGCUGCCCAUCAACAAUGACGACAACUUCUGCAAGGCCGUCUCAAGUGCGAACCCCUUGCUUCGAGUCUUCAUCCAGAAGCGAGAGGAGGCAGACCAUUACAGCUUCGGAGCAGGCACUCUGUCGAGGAAGAAGAAGGUGCUGGUGACCCUGAGGGAUGAGGGUCUGCGUCGGCGUGCCCAGCUCAACAUCAGCAUGCCGCACGACUUCCGCCCGGUGUCCUCCAUCAUUGACGUGGACAUCCUCCCUGAGACGCACCGCCGCGUGAGGCUUUACCGGCACGGCUGUGAGAAGCCGCUGGGCUUCUACAUCCGAGAUGGCACCAGCGUGCGAGUGACACCCCACGGGCUGGAAAAGGUACCAGGGAUCUUCAUUUCCCGAAUGGUGCCCGGCGGCCUUGCGGAGAGCACUGGGCUGCUGGCUGUGAAUGACGAAGUCCUGGAGGUGAAUGGGAUUGAGGUCGCUGGAAAGACAUUGGAUCAAGUCACGGACAUGAUGAUAGCCAACAGCCACAACCUCAUUGUCACUGUCAAGCCCGCCAACCAAAGGAACAAUGUGGUCCGCAGCAGCCGCGCCUCCGGCAGCUCUGUCCAGUCCACAGACAGCACCACCAGUCACCACAGCCUGCCAGGCACCCACGCCCUGCAGAAUUCUGAGGAAAUGGAGAGUGAUGAGGAGGCCGACAUCGUCAUCGAGGGGGCUCUAGAGCCUCACCACAUUCCCAAGAUGCAGGCUGUGCCUCCAGGCAGCCUCUCGAGGGCCAAUGGCGCCAGCCUGGCUCACAGGCUGCACAGAGGGGACGUGGGCCUGCAUAGCUCUGGGAGGGAGAGCAAUGGCAGCAUCCACAGAUUUCUCAGCUCUCUGAAACCAGACCCCCGACACAGCCUGGUCCUCCCCCAGGGAGGGGUGGAGGAACACGGACCGGCCAUUACCCUCUAGGGCUGGAGCCACUUGGCAGGCUGAAGUCCCAGACAGACUGUGUGUUACCAAGACGCACGGCUGGCAAGUAUUAACUAGCGGGUAGUACUAUUAGAUGUAUAGCGACUCCAAAGGGAAAUGCUUUAAAUUUUUUGUCAAUUUUAAAAUAAGGAAAAUAAUUGUGUACUUCAUCUUUUCUUUUUUUUUCAUCAUCAUUCCUACAACCUUAUUCUUUAUUUAAACUUUUGAACAAGAAUACUAUUUUUAUAGGAUUUUUUUUUCCACAGAACUUAAAAUAUGCACGACUGCAAAUUAUCUGGGCCAGCCUGACUGCAUGUCCAGAACCUUUGCAGAGUGAAACAAAAUACAAAGUGCGCAGAGUAUUUUUAACACUGCUUAAAUACUUGUUUUUAAAAUGAAGCUUUAUAGAUGACUUUUUUAAAAUAAAAAUAGUAAAAUUCAUGUUUUUAACCAGUUCGUGUAAAACUAUCUUGUGAUGCCUGAGUGCUCUACUGACCCAGGGUGGCUGUGACAGGAGAAUGGAAACUAAGACUGGGUUCCAUCACAGAAAGUCUGUUUUCACAUUGUUUACAACCAGCUCAAAAAGCCCUCUGGGGGCUGGGGAUUUAGCUCAGUGGUAGAGCGCUUACCUAGGAAGCGCAAGGCCCUGGGUUCGGUCCCCAGCUCCGAAAAAAAGAACCAAAAAAAAAAAAAAAGCCCUCUGGCCUAUACUCAAGAACCACUGCGGUUACAGGGAUUUGCAGAGCUGUCCCAGCCACGACAGCCAGGCAGUCACUGCUGUCAGCUUAAAGUGGAUUUAGGAGUCCAGCAACUCUGCUGGCUAGAAGGUGAGGCCAGCGAGUCCACGUGGGAUUCAAAAUCAACUGUUCCGCUAGUGUUUUCGUUGGGUUGGGUGACUGGGGCAGUUUUAAGAUGUCUUCAGUAGAAACGAGUAUCGCCCCAAAGGCCCUCAGCCGUUUAGUGGAUGCGCGUGUUAGCCUUGCUUCUGAAACGGCUGGUUACUUUUAUAAGAGAAGAUUAGAGCACGUCGAUGUCUGCUCCUGGAACAGAGAGCAGUGUCAGGAAUUAUCCUAACAAGUCGCAGGGAACUUAAUGGUUUUGACAGAAGGUCACUUCUCUUUAACCUUCUUGGAGGUUUGUUAAUGUCUGACCCAAUUAAAUAUUAUAUGAAUUGUGUCUUCUGUUUGGAUACAGUGUUGGGGGAGAAUAUCACAUUAAUUAACUGAGAACAAACUGACCCAAGUGAAUCCUUCAUGGAAAUAAAGGUUUAAAGUAGCCAGGUCGAGUGCCCCAGCUGCUGCCCUAUGGUCUAGUGUCACCUGCUGGUAAGACGCGGAACUGCCCUCUUCGUGAAUGCAUCUCACUGCAUUGUCCUUUGUCCAGAAUGAAUCCAGUCAGAUAGUUUCCUUUCCUUCGGGGAACUGUUUACCAGGCAGAAGCUGCUCUGGCUAAGGAUCAUUCUCUCGGCCUGUGUCUGUUUCUCAGUUAUGUGCUGAGCGUCAUCCACACAAGGAGAGCAAGAUGCUCCCUCCGUGGGUCUCGGUGAGAAUCCAGACACCCAGAUCCAUGGCUUCCAAAUCGCUAAGAGCAGUUGUUUUGUUUCUGUGCUGCUGCAGCGAUCUGGAAUGGGUUUUACUAAGACAGAUAUUACAGAACCAAAAAAAACUGCUACUCAGUUCCUACAAGACUUGUUCUCGGCUACACUGUCGCUUGGUAUUCCGUGUUAAACAACGCUGUUUUUGCUACCAAGAAAGGAAGUGAUGUUUCUCGCCAUGCCCAAGUUGUUUGGUAGAUGUGAAUCAAUUAAUUCAAAACAUUUUUUAAAGCAAAGAGGUCUAAGCUUUGUAAGCUGUUGUCUGUGAGGAAUUACAUGUGUUUAGCAGAUGCCUGAGAGUAUUUUUCUAAACAGAACUCUACUCUUACCAUUUUAUUUCUUCUUUCAAAUAAUCUGUCAUUAUAUAUUAAAUUUUUUUGUUGUACAUAUCAGAAUAAAAAGCUUUUCUUUUGAGUUAA